AUGGAAAAUGCAUUUGACUCCUUUCUCAACCUUCCCUGGACCGCGCGAGACCGUGAACCCGACGGAAGGAGCGGCGAGAAGAGCGGUGAGGCGAACGCGAGCAACGCAGCGGCACAGCGCGCGGCGCGGAAGCAGCUUCUCGCGGCGCUUAUGCAAGCUCUCGCGGACUCAACGGCGGACGACACUGCCGCCGCCGACGACGACGAGCGCGCCGCCGCCGACGGGCCGCCUUCCUCACCGGAAUCCCUCGAUGAGCGGGAGUUCCUCUCAUCCGCGGCGCUGGCAGCAGGGUCGCGGAAGCGCAAGGCGGCGGAGAUCGAGGAGGCCCCCUCUGCGGAUGCACCUGUCGUGGGCGGAAGCGAGGAAGAGUCGGAGGUGACGCGUCAGCUGCGCCGUGCGAUUGCUGCUGUCAUCCUCCGCGGCGGCAGGGCCGGAUCGUGCCCCGCACCCGCUGCUUUGGACGCCCCCCCGCGCCCCCCGCGGCCUCCCGCGGCUGCGCUGCCAGCGGUUGCUCAUGCCACACCUGCUGGCAGGACGCUCGGCCAUCAUGUUGGCCCGCAGCAGAUGCCCUUUCGCCUGCCCGUUGCCAAAGGUGCAGCUCCUGCUGCCCCUUCCGCUACGCCUGCGUCACUAGCCACCGUGCCAGAAGCAGCAGCUUGCAUGAACUACUUUGAAAAUUCUGAUGAUGACAUGUUGGGUUUCGGUGGAAGUCCCGGCUGCGGCAGAGGCGCCAAUGGGGCGGCGGAUCACGAUGCGGAUUAUUGGUUGCCGCGCAACCGCGGGCGAAAGGACCGGCAGAUGGCGGGGGACCGCAUCAAGGCGCGGAGCAUGGCGGAGAGGCAGAGGCGGGAGAGGAUCAGUGAGGGGCUGCAAAAGCUGCGAUUGGUAGUGCGCGGGCAUGGGGACACUGCUACCAUGCUGGAUAAAGCUGUCGCAUAUGUCGACGCGUUGCAGCGCAGAGUGACCGCACUGGAGACCGCCCUGCUGCUGCACCAAGCGUCGUGCAAGCACCCAGAGUGGCAGAAUGGUUGCUCCCUGGCCUCCCCUGGAGGAUCUUCUGAGCUUUUGUAA